UCGAGCCCGGCCCGGUCCCGGUCCCGGUCACCGCGAUGAACGAGGCGGUGUCGCGGCAAACGCGGGAGACCCUGGGGCAGGUGAUCCGCAAGCCGCCGCUCACCGACGCGCUGCUGAGCAAGCCGCCCUUCCGCUACCUGCACGACCUCAUCUCCGAGGUGAUCAGAGUGACAGGUUUUCUGAAAGGACUUUACACAGAUUUUGAGUUGAAGUCAGAUAACGUCAAGGAUAAGGAUUCCAAAAUCAACUUCCUUCAGAAGGCCAUCGAUGCUGUUGUGAUGGUGACAGGAGAGCCACUGUCAGUGAAACCUGCACGAGUGGUGGCUGGACACGAGCCCGAGAAAACCAAUGAGUUUCUUCAGGCAAUUGGGAAGUGUUGCUUAAAUAAGCUGUCCAGUGAUGCUGCUGUAAAAAGAGUCUUGGCUGGGGAAAAAGCUGAUGCUAAAGGAAAACCUCCACCCUCUAAACCUCGAGAUAAAGAAAGCAGAGAGCCCAAAGCAGAAGAACAAAAAAGCCAUAGGAAUAAAGAGAGCAGGAGAGACACUGAAAUUAAAGACAGAAGCCCCAGCAGAGACAGAAAACACAAAGGAGAUUUGAAAGAGAGCAGAGAAAGAGAAAAGGAGAGGGAUAAACAGAAGAAUAAUGAAGAGAGGCACAAAGAACCUGAAAGAGACACCUCGAAGGAAGGAGAAAAACAAGAGAGGGAAAGAAGCAAAAGCAGAAUAACCAAGCAAGGAAGAGAAACAGAAAAACACAAAGAAAAAGGAGACCCAGAGCAAAGAGAUGACCUUGGGCAUGAUAAAGGACAGGAAAGGGAGAAAAGACGUGAAGGAGGAAGAGAAAAGGACAGGCUGAAAGGAAGAGAUAAAAAUAGAGACAGAGAAGGAGAGAAAGACAGAGAGAGAGGAAGAGAUCGGGACAGAGAAAAGGAUGGGGAGCAUUUCAGGGAACACGGAAAGGAGAAAGCAGAGAAAAAGCCCUCAGAUUCUGAAGAAUCCAUGCUUAGAAAGCCACAGAGGUCAACUAAAGACAGCAAGUGCCAGCCAGACGCUGAGAAUGAAACUCCUGCAAGGAUAUCAAAGCAGCCUUCAGCAAAAGGAUCAAGGCAUCGCUCCAAGCCCGGAGAAGAAGGAGCUGUGGACACGAGGAGCAUGGCAGAUGGGAUUUCAGAGGAUGGUGCUGCUGAGCUGCAGGAGAAAAAUGAACCCGGCCUUGCAGAAAAACAGAAAGAAAGAGAAGGGGAGAACGUGGCUCCUGAAAAGCCUGAAAAUGGAGAAGCACCUCCUGAUGUCCCACCUCAGCCUGCCCAAAGACGGAUUCCUCGUCCUGGCAGCGCGAGGCCAGCACCUCCACGAGUGAAACAUCAGGAGAGCACCGAGCUCUUAGUCCCAGAAAGGAGUGGCAGUGCUAGAACAACCCCGAAUGUGAUCAGGGAGCAGCAGGUUUCUGACGAGGAGGACGAGCAGUUCGUGGUGGAGGCAGAAGUGCCCCUGCCAGAGAUGCCAAAGGAGCCAGAAGUGGAGCUGCUUGAGGAUCAAAAGCAUGGUGGGCUGGUGAAAAAAAUCCUAGAAACGAAGAAGGAUUAUGAGGCAUCACAGAAAUCAUCACAGACCACAGACAGGGAGAAGCCAAUUGUCUCAGAAGCAUCCAGGAAGAGGGAGAGAGACUUGGUAGCCAAAGAAAUCGAGAAGUUCCAGGUGUCCAUUCAGACUGUGUGUCAGAAUGCCUUCAGGCUGGGCAGGAUUGUGGAUUACAUCCAGGAGGACAUGGAUGCCAUGAGGAACGAGCUGCAGACGUGGCGCCAGGAGAACAGGGAGCACGCGGAGGCUUUGCAGAGGGAGCAGAGCAUCACAGACAGUGCUGUGGAACCACUAAAAGCUGACCUGGCUGAACUGGAGCAGCUGAUUAAAGACCAGCAAGACAAGAUCUGUGCUGUAAAAGCAAAUAUUUUAAGGAAUGAAGAAAAAAUCCAGAGGAUGGUUCUUAGCAUAAACUUGUCUUCAAGAAGGUGAAGAAGAGGGAAGAGAAAUUAAAGAGCCUUGGGACUCACUGACUGAUAUUGCUACCAAAAAACCAAAAUCCAAAUAGCAGAUAUACCUUGUUCAGGUAUAAAAUGUUUAGGGACCAGAACCCUAAAAAUUGUAUAAAAAAAACCCAUUAUUACAUUGAUUUUUAGAUGUUGAUAUUAUGCAGGAUAAAAUUAUAUUCACUUGAAUACUCCAGUUGCAGAGCUAUUAAAAGAACUUGUUUGUUUAA